AUGAAGCUGCCCACACCUGCCGUGUGUGCCGGGGGUGCCCCCGGUCCUGGGAACGCCUGUGCCCAGGAGCUGGGCUCCCCGUCACGUUCUCCUAAUUUUGAGAUUUUUGUGGCUGGGAAGGUCUGGGAGGGCUUCCUGAAGGAGGAGGGACCCCAGGUGAGCCCUGAAGUCCACGGGGAGGACCCUGAGGAGGGGACGGGGCUGGGCAAGGCCUACGGCGUGGAGUCCCAUGUGCUGAGCCCGGCGGAGACCAAGAAGCUGUACCCGCUGAUGAACGUGGACGACCUCUACGGGACCCUGUACGUGCCGCACGACGGGACCAUGGACCCCGCCGGCACCAGCAGCACCCUAGCCCCAGGUGGCAGCCCCUCUCGCUCCCAGGUCAUCGAGAACUGCCCCGUGACGGGCAUCCACGUGCGGACGGACGACUUCGGGGUGCGGCGGGUGGCGGCCGUGGAGACGGAACACGGAGCCAUCCAGACGCCCUGCGUGGUCAACUGUGCAGGGCUCCUGAGGGGCCGAGGGGCCUCCAGCGCCGUGCAGCGGGCUCCCCCACGCCUGCUGCUUCCUGGCGGGACUCUGGGGGCAGCUGUGGGGACCAGCCCAGCCGUCACUCACCUGAGGGGAAGCUGCACCCCCACGGGCGGCGUCACAGGCGGGUCCCGCCCUCCCCAGGUGUCGGACAAGUUUGCUUUCGGCCUCUUCGACCUGGACUGGGACGUGUUCACCCAGCACAUCGAAGGGGCCGUGAACCGGGUGCCUGUGCUGGAGAAGACGGGGGUCAAGUCCACGGUCUGCGGCCCAGAGUCCUUCACGCCCGACCACAAGCCCCUGAUGGGGGAGGCGCCCGAGCUCCGAGGCUUCUUCCUGGGCUGCGGCUUCAACAGCGCAGGAAUGAUGCUGGGCGGCGGCUGCGGGCAGGAGCUGGCCCACUGGAUCAUCCAUGGGCGCCCGGAGAAGGACAUGUACGGCUACGACAUCAGGCGAGUGCACCCGACACCGGCGGGCAGGGGUGGCUCCUCCCUCGCCGCCCUGGGACCUGGUUCUUCUCCCUCCCCCUGGGGCCCCCACGGACUCAAAGACCCACCACCACGCAGGCGCUCAGUGAUUAAGAUAUCAUUUGUGCGGGUUCAUGGGUCUUGUGUGUCUGUCCUUGUGGGACCAGCCCGGUGCCUGCCAGGCCGGAUCUGUGUGGGGGGAGGCGGGAGGGUGGGCGGGACCAGGACGAGCACGCUCCUUCCCCAGGUCCUCCCUUACGACUACUACGGGGCCUACGGGCACCAGGCGCACCAGGACCACGCCUACAACCGGCUGCUGGGGGCCGAGUACACCUUCGACUUCCCGCCCCACCACGAGGUGAUCAGGCAGGAGUGCCUGGCCUGCAGAGGCGCGGCGGCUGUCUUCGACAUGUCCUACUUCGGCAAGUUCUACCUGGUGGGCGUGGACGCGAGGAAGGCUGCCGACUGGCUGUUCUCUGCCGACGUCAGCCGACCCCCAGGCGCCACCGUGUACACCUGCAUGCUGAACGCGCAGGGCGGCACCGAGAGCGNGCUCUGCUGGUCGCUCUCUCAACCCAAGCCUCAGGCCGCCCAGCCCCACAAUCCCCUCUAAGGCGCUGCUUCCCUUCCAGGGGACGCCUUCUACCUGGCUGUGGGCGGGGCCGUGGCCCAGCACAACUGGUCCCACAUCACCUCGGUGCUGCAGGACCAGAGGUUCCGGUGCCAGCUCAUCGACAGCUCAGAGGACCUGGGCAUGAUCAGCAUCCAGGGCCCAGCCAGCCGGGCCAUCCUCCAGGAGGUGCUGGAUGCAGACCUGAAAAAUGAGGCCUUCCCCUUCUCCACCCACAAGCUGGUGCGAGCCGCCGGGCACCUGGUGCGGGCCAUGCGGCUGUCCUUCGUGGGGGAGCUGGGCUGGGAGCUGCACAUCCCCAGGCCGUCCUGCGUGCCCGUGUACCAGGCCGUGAUGGCAGCAGGCGCCAAGCAUGGCCUUGUCAACGCCGGCUACCGGGCCAUCGACUCUCUGAGCAUCGAGAAAGACCUGGAACAGCUUGGCGAGGUUGGGCACAGACAGCGUAGGGCUGGCAGCCUGCGGUCCCGUCCUCGGGCGACCCCACCAGGAUGCCGGCCGUGCAGCCACAGGGAGUGCCCGCCCUCUGCUCUGUCUCCUCACCUGGAGGUGGCACCAAAGGAGACGGGACAUGUUCACAAAACCUCCUUCCGUCCCAUCCUCGUCCACGGGACGGGGCCCAGGCCGCUUCACCCUGGACACCGCACCCUCCAGGCUCGUCCCCUCAGUGUGGGGGUCUCGGGGCUCCAGCCCCCCUCCCCCUCCCGCCAGGUGUCUCCCGGGGAUGGGGCUCUGGGUCCCAGUCUGUCUAUUGCGUCUCCCAGGAAAGUGCCCAUGUUUGGCCUGGAGGCCAUCUGGAGGGAUGGCCAGGUGGUGGGCCACGUGCGCAGGGCCGACUUCGGCUUCACCAUCGACAAGACCCUCGCCUACGGCUACAUCCGGGACCCCAGCGGCGGGCCGGUCUCCCCGGACUUCGUGAAGAGUGGGGACUACAGCCUGGAGAGGAUGGGGGUGGCCUACCCUGCCUGGGCUCACCUGAAAUCUCCCUUUGAUCCCGGCAACAAGAGAGUGAAGGGGAUCUAUUGAUGGGCCUACAGGCAGGGCCCCAGCUGCUCAGGCACCAGAGACCUGCCCUCCACCCACCCACCGCUCCCACGGGGCCUGCCCCCGCCCCCCAUGGCUCCCACGGGGCCUGCACCACCCUGAGCCCAGGACCUGGGCCCCUGCCAGAACGUGGGCCCUCCUUGCCCUCGGGCCAGGCCUGCUUACCCGACAGAUGUGGAUGAGAGGGUGGGAAGAGGACCCAGGGCCCAGUCUCUGGUCACUGGCCAAAAGGUGGUCUCUAGUCCAUCCAUCCCCCCAGACACACCUGUGCGUCUUGGGCCAGGACCGUGACAAGCUUCCUAGAAGGUGCUGAGAGCGGACAAGCCCCGCGCUCGGGCAGGGAGGCUCCGCCUGCUGCUCGGGCGGUGGAGGUUUUCGA